GGGGUCAAGCGUCACAUCUCAGAGUUCAUUGGCUCCUAUCCGUCAAUCACACGGCGCGGCUUGUCUUCAAUCUUCAUUGGCUAGCGAGCUCAGAGGCGGGGUUCCGCAGUCUCCCGGACAUGGCGGACGGCGGCGGCUGGCGGCCGCCUCGCCCCUGCGAGGCCUACCGCGCGGAGUGGAAGCUCUGCCGCAGCGCCAGACACUUCCUGCACCACUACUACGUCCACGGCGAACGGCCGGCCUGCGAGCAGUGGCGGCGCGACCUGGCCAGCUGCCGGGAAUGGGAGGAGCGCCGGAGCGCGGACGCCCAGCGGUCCCUCUGUGAGAGCGAGCGUGCAAGAGUCCAAGCUACACGGAAGCAUGCCCUGGUGUGGGCCCUGAGGCAGAGCCCUCCUGCAGACUGGCACCUUCCUCUGCCACAGGAGGAGAAAGACCAGUGAUGAGCACCCCUGAAUGGCUUCCUCUGAUCUGUUUCAAGUGGGGCUGUCGCAAGACCCUAAGGAUGGUGACUGGCCGGAACAGUCUAGUGGGUCCCUGAAGCUUCCACUCGGCUUAGAACAUGGAGCCUGAGGUCUCCAGCCCUACUCGCCCACCCCUGCUGCUGCCUUGCUCUGACAGACAGUUUUGCCCACUGCACGGUUUCCAGGAUGCCAAACACCAUUGCAGAUCCUGGUGAGCAGCCAGGUCAGGCUGGUUCAUGCUCCCACCUGGGGACAACAGCAUUCUCAGGUAAACUCUUGAGUGGUAGCCCUGACCCAAGUGGACACAUAGGGGCGUCAGAAUGAGGUAACUAAAUGGCUGUGCUGUGACGAACACCUUUCCUGGUCCUGGCUUGGUGACACAGUGCAUUGCCAGCCCCUGGUGCUUACACGGAGCUUUGGCCGGCUCACUAAGUUCCUCUGUGGACACAGGCGGGGUGUUGCUCCUCGUAGGAGAUAGGCCUCUUAAGACUCUGGUUUUUAAGAAACGCACACAGCUACAGAAUACACAACCCCUCAUUAAGAGGGUUCACAGACUCUUGGCUUAAGAAACCCAAGCCCAAGACACGUGGAAUUUUAGUCUCUUUCCUCUAAAAUUUCCCUUGGUCAGUUUUAGAAAAUGUAGAUUAUAUCAAACGCCAUUUUGCAUGUUUGAUUCCAAAUAGAAGCUGAAAAUUAAAUCCACAAUUUAAUAGUUGAGAUUGUUAGAUUUAGCACCUGACGUUAUUGUGCUCAGAGAGUAUUGGAAUUUCGUAUACUUACACUCUUGUGGAUGUUUUUAAAAUAUAUGCAUAUGAACCAACAAGAACUCUAGUUAUUGAAGAGGUCUUUUUAUCACUAAUAAGACGAUUUAGCAUCUUGUGGCUGCAGAGCAGGCCCCGUGGUGUGGAGCCAAGGGCAAGGCUGGCUGUGUGCCCCACAGCCUUGCUGCUCCUUCCUGGUGAAGCUGCCAUUUUAGUACCUCCCUCACAACUGGGCCCCAACCUGGCCACAGGCAGUGGAUCAGACAUCUUUUAACUCAUUCUUUGGGGCAAAAUAAUCCCAUCACUUCAGAAGGACAUACAUUAAAGAAUAGACUUUGCCGUCUUGUGUGCAUUUUCUCCUGUGUUACCGCACUGCACGUGCUUAUAAGUGUUGGGGGAUCUGCACGUAGGACCCCAGUAACCUCUCCCUGUGUGUAUCUGUGAGUGGUAGGGGUGUGUGCACACAAGUCCCCAGGGAUCUUUUCCUGUGACUGUGUGUACCUGUCAUUGGUGGGGAGGGGGUGUAUGCAUACAGGUCCCCAAUGGUCCUUCCCUGUGACUCUGUGUACCUGGGAGUGGUGAGGGGCGUGCACAUCAGUCCCCAGUAGCCUCCCCUGUGUGUGUGUGUGUGUGUGUAUGUACAUAGGUACCUGGGAGUGGGGGAGGGGAGCAGUGUGCACAUAGGACCCCAGUAGCUCCUCCCUGUGUGUGUAUGUACCUGUUGAGUGGUGGGGACGUUUGCACACAGGUCCCCAAUGGUCCUUCCCUGUGACUGCGUGUACCUGUGAGUGGUGGGGGUGGGGUGCACACAGGAGCCCAGGAGCAGAGGUGAGUAUAAAGAAGAGUCUGUCCUAGGAUGGGUGCCUUAAUAUCUAAGUCAAUGAAGGUAUCUGCCUUGUGUCUGUGGCUACUUUCUGGAGCAUUUCCGGCCAAGGAGAGAGGGAAGUCUGUUGGGGAUCUACAGGCAUUCUCUUCACUCUGAAACACAGGAAGGGACAUUAGAAUUUUACAAUCUGCAUGAUCCCUUGGGGUUCCUGGGGUGGGGCUGCAUCACAGCAGUCCUGAGAGGCUCACCUCAAGGGACCCACAUUCUCUAUGUGCUUGUUUAGGGCUAGAGGCUGCCCGCCUUGAAUGCUCUGUUAGGAAGUCUUAUUCCGUCUCUGCUGUUCAAUGAGUUCCACACUGACAGAUAAUCAUUGCUGCACAGAAUGUUCCUACAUCAGCUCCUGUGUUCACCCUUCACAACAUCUGAGCACCAGCUACAUGCCAGGUGGGGGUUGAGGCUCUGGGAUUGCAGUCUUGAAAUGGGCAAGUUGCCUUCAAAGAGUUCCAGUUGAGUUUAGGGAACAGACAUAAACAUUUAAACAUCAUUAAAUAAGUCUAAAAUAAUGGUAAGUGCUGUGAAGAAAAUGGAGCAGAUAGAGCAGUAGCUCUCAAAUUUUUUGCACAAAACCCAUAACAAGUUUUAUGAUCUGGUACAUACUUUAUAUACUGCAUAUAUGGUUGAAACAAGCCUCACAAAAGUCCUUAUCUGUAUGAUGUGUGAUACACUGACAUUUACAGCUCUGUGCCACUGAAAAUAAACUGCUGUAUGUGCACCAACUUGGGUGAAACGCAAGUAAAUUAUGCCCAGUUAAAAAAUCUUAAAUGGGUGCAUAUGACAUAGUUCCAUUUAUGGAACAUUGGUGAGAUGCUAUAAUAAUAGAGAUGGAGAAUGGCUAAUGGUGCCAAGGGUUAGGGAUGGAAGGAGGGUGUGGAUGUGGCUAGGGUACCUAAGGGUAUCCUGUGGUAACGGAACCUUGACUCCUACAGAGCUGCAUGUGUGAUGAAAUUGUGUAGUGCUAGACAUACACACAGAUGAGUGCACACACACAGUGGGAAAACUGAAUGCAUCCUGGGCUCUACCUGUAGGUACUGACUGUAUGUGGUGUGUAAGAUGUUAACACUUGGGGAGGCUGGGAGAACCACACACAGCGCCUCCUUGCAUCUUUAUUUCCAACCUCCUAUAAAUCUGUAACUACUUUAAAAUAAAAAGUUAAAACUC